AUGUCUCCCUUCCAAGCAUUAUAUGGUUAUGCUCGACCUCAUUUGAUUUUUCCCAUUACUACAUCUACUUCUGUGGCAACUGUAGAAAACUAUUUACGGGAAAGAGAUGCUAUGCUCCAGCUACUAACGGAUGAACUCUCUAAAUCUCAACACAGAAUGAAGUAUUUUGCUGAUCACAAGAGAUCUGACAGAGAAUUUUCAGUAGGAGACCUGGUAUUCUUGAAGCUUCAAUCGUACAGGCAAACAUCAGUAGAUGUGAGAAAGAACUUCAAGUUGUCUGCCAAAUAUUUUGGUCCAGUUGAGGUACUUCAAAGAAUUGGAGCUGUUGCUUACAAGCUUCAACUACCUGUUGGCUCCAUAAUCCAUCCAGUCUUCCAUGUCUCCCAGUUAAAGAAGAAUAUUAGCUUACAUGCUACUAUAUCACCUCAACUGCCAUUGGUGGAUCCUGCAGGCCAGUUCAUAGUGGAACCUGCUGCUGUUUUGGACACUAGAGAGACACUCAGGGGUACAUCCAGAGCUAAGCAAUUUUUGGUGCAAUGGUGUAACUCAGCUCAAGAAGAUGUUACUUGGGAGGAUGCUGCUCACUUACAUGCUCAGUUUCCAUAUUUUAUCCUUGAGGACAAUGAUCUUUAA